AUGGCUACUGUCUCCGUAUCGACCCCAGUGGCAGGUCUCCACAAGGCGCCCACCCUUGCCGAUUUGGAGAGAUCGCGGAUGCUUUACAAUGCACUCCCUGAUGACGAGAACCAACCCCACGUUUCGGCAACGGUCCUUGACCACCUCAGAGACUUGAUCGACAAACACGACGUCAAGUACAAGUUCGGAAUGCAUCUGAUCCAUGGGCACCUUGAAGUGGAGCCUGGCCAAGUUAUGCUCGGGAAACCCAUGACCAAGAUCAACGCUUGCUGGACCCGCCCGGUGAAGGUUGAGAGGGUCGAUCAAGAGCAUGUUCACGGUCAUGUCUUCAUCCUGGACUCUGAUGGUCAAUUUAUGCCGUACGAGUACCGCCAGGGAGCACCUCCGCCGAUGGCCCCGGGUGACAGCGCUUUUGUGGAUUCGGUGAAGGAAUACCUCGUCCGAGAGGGUCUGGGAAGACUCAUCGGCAUUCAACUUCUACAACACACCCUUGACAGCAACGAAUCCGGGGAUAUGCUAGAGUUUGUCCUUUCGGACAACCACGGCACCGUGAUGAUGGACAGUCGUAUCACCAAAAGCUACAAGGCUUAUCGAACUACAGGAUGGGCUGUGGAUCACCAGGCUGGCAUUAGCGAACUUUCAGGGGCGGAGAGUCAUGCAGCGACGAAGGCGGGGCCGCACAAAGUUUUUAUUAGCGGGAAGGGACUGCCACAGGUUGAGGGACCUGUCGAUGAGGGCGACGUUAUUCUUGCGUUGCGGCGGGCAGAAGUCAUCGACUGA